ACCUUUAGGUCUCAGUUUUCCUUCUCACCAGAAAGUCUUCAUCAGAAUUGGAAGAAAAACGCCCAGAAAAACAACCAACUAUGAAUUUACAACUUAAAACAAAAUCCAGAUUAUUUGAUUUGCACUGUUCUGUGGGUCUGUUGGACUGGGACAUGGAUAAGGAACUGAAAUUAGCAACAACCACUGACCAGUUUUAUCAUGAUGAGAAACUGAUCGAUCAACAUGUGGGUCAAAAACCUUCAGCGUUAGCCUCAAAAAGAAAAGAUGAAUUUGUUUGUUGUGCUAAAACAUCAGAUUCUUUAGUAAAACCAAACCUGUGGCUGCUGGUGAAUCCAAACAUUGUCUGUCCGGUCCAACACCGACAGGAUGCCGAGCUGCAGCAUGAAUCUCAUCAGGGAAUCAAGACACCUCUACAAGAACUUGCAGGAACACAAUGUCCACCCACAGCUGAGCUUCUCCCUCAGGAGGAACCACUGCAUUCUUUUUCCAUGAUAAAGAAUGAAGUCUCCAGUCAACCAGUGAGAAGACGCAAAGGAAGGCUCAUCAAAGUUGUGGACACAAAAACCUUAAAGCCUGGAUGCUGGCCUCGUCCUCCAGUAAAUUACUGUGUCCUCAUUGCUUUGGCCCUGAAGAACAGCCAGACUGGGAGCCUCAAAGUCCAGCAGAUAUACAACUUCACCAGAGAACAUUUCCCGUUCUUCCAGACAGCUCCAGACGGCUGGAAAAAUACCAUCCGACACAACUUGUGCUUCAACAACAGUUUCCGCAAGACCUGCAACCAGCUCUGUAGGGAUGGUAAGAGGAAGUCAUGUUUCUGGCACCUGACUCUGGAGGGUCACCAACGGCUACGGGACGAGCUUCACAUGCUGACAGGAGAAACCUUAAAACUGCUAGAGAGGAGUAUGUCCAACUCAGAUAUAAUCUGGAGCUUACUAGAAAUGUGAUUGCAGUUCUGAAAUUAAAUGUCUUACAUCUGCAUUGUGUAUUGUGGUUCUGCAUUAGUGUAAAUUGUCUUGUAAACAGUUAAAUCACAGAACCCUAACCCUAUUAAGAAUUCAGUCAUCCCCUGAAGCGUGGGUUUUUAGUGGUUAGGUCCUUACAAAAUAAAAGCUUUUUAAAAUGUU